AGUACGGAUGUGUUAUUUCCUUCCAGCGUUCUAAUGGGGGAGCAGGGACGCGGCUCGCUACGUCUCCCCCCACCCCCCUGUCUCAUUCUGAGCAGAAGGAAUCGCAGGCAUACAAGUGAUGUUACUACCGUUCUAUUUUAAAUACAAACACGGGAAGAACUCUUGCAGCAUACCAGAGGCGCCUGUACUCUGUUAUAUAAGUGCUUUAAAAAAAAUCGCCUCGUAUUGGUGAAGUUCCGAGUGGAUAGCAAAGCAGCUAAGAGAGUGUGGAGGUGGCAGAACCUGCUCAUCUCUGCUGUCGACCAAAACUUUGCUUCACGGUAAACGCUGGGCUUUUCAGAUGCCACGCAGGAAAAAAACCUCGGAAACCUCACUGGGUAGAAUUGCAAAGCGUUUAAGAAAACAGAUUUUGUCAGCUCUGUGCUGGACAUCGGUUUCCACAGCUGGAUUGUCGACCAGGGCUCUUUGUCACCAAUGGCCAUAAAACUUGUUUUCAGGGGGUCACGGUCUCAUGGAGUCACUGGUGCUCACUCAGUGGGAACCUAACGGAGGAAUCGCCCUGUUCCAGACGAACAUGAUGCUUGGGUUUAAAACUGUCGUGAACACAGUGAGAGCAGUGUCGCAACGUGACCACAUCUCAGAGGAACUAGCCCCUUGAGAUUCUCCUGCCCACCGCGCUUGGCCCGGCGGAAGUGGGGCUACAUGGCCAGCAGCCGCCGCUGAAGGGCUGACAAUGAGCGUCCCAGUGGCUCCCAAGAAGCCGUCUUACACUCCGUUGCGGGACGGCAGAAACAGCACGAAAAAUAACAACGAGGGUGUCCUGAGUCUAGGGGACCCCAAUGCCAAUCCCAUCAUGUUGGGGGUCAGCUGCUCGCAGGAGGAGCCCGAGACUCGGCAGGGCCUGGCCGAGGAGACAGGAAGUGCAAAUUCGAAUGAGCAGGAACACCGAGCCCAAUUCCAGAAGGAGCUUCUGCAACUUCAGGGCUUUGGGCAAGGACCCCAGGCUGGUUCUGCCGGCCGGAGAGACCUUUACCUUCCUCCGACCCUUCAGCAGGAACUAAGCGAUGUGCACGUGCAGGGGAGCAGCCCGGAUCUCCUGCAGGUCCCGUGCAGCGUUCGGGGGCCAAGUCUGUCAAGUUGGAGGGGUUUGAUGGGUGAGAUGGGUCCGGAGGGUCUGGCUAAAAGGGAUGCAGAAAUCGCCCGACCAGUGCCCAAGGACAAAUUGGCCAAGACCCUUGACAAUGAGGAGUUGAGAAGACACUGUCUGGGAAGGGCCAGUGGCUCUGGGAGCCUGACUCUGCAGCACGCACAGUCUGCUCGGCUGCCUGUCCCUGAGGCCCGGGCUCCUGUGUCUGAGGGCAGGGAGGGGCUGCAGGGGAUACUGAUGGACCCCUGCCCCAGGGCAGCCUCUCCUCCCGCUGCCGGUACCUCCGAGGGAAAGAGUGUGCAUUCUCCUAAACCAUCUACCUCAGAAGCCAAGGAGCCCGCCUCCUCUGAUACCCAGAAGGAGGGCACCCAAGUCCUGAAUGUUUGCAACGAGCACACGCUGCGUUCUGCCCACCUGGAGCCUACUCUCCACUCAACCUCAGCAGCAAAGGAAACCCUGAGUAAAUCAGAAGCACAAUUAGGGCAGGGAAACGGGGAGCCCAAGCCAGAGCUGAAAUCCACUCACACCAGGGCUGGACAGGAGUUAAAGGUGAGCCAGACAGGGGGCCUGGGAUGUGACAAGGACCUGAAGGGACUGUGCAGGGAAGCACAGAAGGAAGCCACUGGUGGAGCUGGUGGUCUCUCCAGCAGCAGCCCGCACCAUGUUGGGGUGGGAGGAGGCAGUGGCGAGGAGAAGACAGAGGCCACCCUGAAUGAGGAGGGCUCUCUCUAUACCAACCCUGCUUCCUUGGAAGCCACCGAGAGUCAGCACACUGGCAAAAUCUCCCCAGAUGCAGGUGGGACCCUGGGUGAAAGGGUAUCCAGCAACUCUGCCCCAGGUGACGGCCAUGUAGGUUUUAUUCCUAAUGAUCACAUGGACAGGCAAUUCCUGGGCAUCAGUGAGAAGAGGAGGCUGGCCAGUGGGAACAAGGCCAGUGCCGUGGUGUUGGCAUCAGACUCUUUCCUAGGAGCAAGCACACCUGCAGGCCUGGAGCGCCUGAACCCUCAAAACGGCCAUUUAGAAGCAGGGGAAAGCAAAGGCAUCACUCCAGCAAUGGCAGAAAGUGGGAACCUUCUAGAAAAUGCAGCUAGAGCAGAAAUCCCCCCAGUGGGAGCAGAUUCAAUUCCCAACAUGCCAGCACCCCCACACCCAGAGAUAACUGUGAAUGUGACCCACCAGCCUCCACCACCCAGCAGCAGUGUUCAGGAGCUUGGCGUGUUCCGUGUGGACACGGGGUCACCCUCGGCAGCCCCACCCGCCACUGACAGGGCGGGGUUGUUGGACACAUCCCCAAAAGUGCCUGACAAGGACACCUGCCCCAGGGGGAUCCCCAAGCCUGUCCUCACGCAAUCCAAGGAUGCAGCUUCCUUGCAGGAGGGUGUAGAGAACCAUCAGGUUGAUAAGACAGAAGAAAGGACAGAAACCAAGCCCCUCAUCAUGCCCAAGCCGAAGCACGUGAGGCCCAAGAUCAUCACGUACAUCCGGAGGAACCCUCAGGCCCUGGGCCAGGUGGACACUUCCCUGGUUCCCAUGGGGCUCCCGUAUGCCCCGCCCACGUGUAGUGUGCCUCUUCCCCAAGAAGAGAAGGCAGCGAGUGGUGACCUCAAGCCAUCCGCCAACCUCUAUGAGAAGUUCAAGCCCGACUUGCAGAAGCCACGGGUCUUCAGUUCUGGGCUGAUGGUGUCUGGGAUCAAGCCCCCAGGACAUCACUUCAGUCAAAUGGGUGAAAAGUUUUUGCAGGAGGUCACAGACCAUCCAGGCAAAGAGGAAUUUUGCUCUCCUUCCUAUUCUCAUUAUGAAGUCCCUCCGACUUUCUAUCGAUCUGCCGUGCUCCUUAAGCCCCAGUUGGGAUUGGGCGCCAUGUCUCGCCUGCCAUCUGCCAAGAGCAGGAUUCUGAUCGCCAGCCAGCGGUCUUCAGCAAGCGCCAUCCACCCACCAGGACCCAUAGCAGCUGCCGCGAGUCUCUACAGCACCGAUCCUUCAGCAGAUUUAAAGAAAGCCUCCAGUUCCAAUGCUGCAAAAUCCAGUCUACCGAAGUCUGGACUCCGUCCUCCUGGCUACUCACGUCUCCCAGCAGCCAAGCUGGCGGCGUUCGGCUUCGUGCGGAGUUCCAGCGUCUCCAGCACCCAGUCGGUGGACAGCGUGCAGCCCGAGCCCAGCAGGCCGGCCAGCCGUCCAGCCUUUGCUAAUGAAGAACAGCCAGGCCCGAAGGCAGCUCUGCCUGCCAAAGAUGCACCCAAAGGGACCAGCCGGGCGGCCCCUCCGACACCCUCCAACAUGACGCCAGCCCGAAGGAGCUUACUGCCCGCACCAAAAUCCCCUGCCACAGCCGCUGGAACCAAGAAAGAAGUACAGAAAGAUCAAGAUGUGAAUAAACCGGCUGUCUCUUCUCCUAAGAGAGCAGCAGCUUCAAGCACCAAGCUUCACUCCCCAGGCUACCCAAAGCAGAGAGCAGCAGCUCCUCGGAACGGAUUUGCACCCAAGCCUGACCUGCAGGCGCGCGAGGCUGAGAGGCAGCUGGUGCAGCGGCUGAAAGACAGGUGCGAGCGGCAGGCCCGGCUGCUCGGCCUCGCCCGUGCGGAGCUGAGAAGGGCCGUCUGCGGCUUCGACGCCCUUGCCGUGUCCACGCGGCAUUUCUUUGGAAAGAAUGAAAGUGCCCUUGUGAAAGAGAAAGAGCUGUCAAUCGAACUUGCAAACAUCAGGGAUGAAGUUGCCUUUAGCACAGCCAAGUGUGAGAAACUACAAAAGGAGAAGGAGGACCUGGAGCGGCGGUUCGAGGACGAGGUGCGCCGGCUGGGCUGGCGCCAACAGGCCGAGCUCCAGGAGCUGGAGCAGCGGCUGCAGCUGCAGUUCGAGACGGAGAUGGCGCGCCUGCAGGAGGAGCACCACGGCCAGCUGCUGAGGAUCCGAUGCCAGCACCAGGAGCAGGUGGAGGACAUCACCGCCAGCCACGAGGCCGCUCUCCUGGAGAUGGAAAGUAACCACACUGUGGCCAUCGCCAUCCUGCAAGAUGACCACGACCACAAAGUGCAAGAGCUGAUGUCUGCCCACGAGCUGGAGAAGAAGGAGUUGGAGGAAAAUUUUGAAAAGCUGCGGCUAUCAUUGCAGGACCAGGUGGACACGCUGACCUUCCAGAGCCAGUCCCUGCGAGACCGUGCCCGGCGCUUCGAGGAGGCUCUGAGGAAAAACACGGAGCAGCAGCUGGAGAUCGCCCUGGCCCCGUAUCAGCACUUGGAAGAGGACAUGCAGAGCCUGAAGCAGGUGUUAGAGAUGAAGAAUCAGCAGAUCCACCAGCAGGAGAAGAAGAUUCUUGAGCUGGAAAAGCUGGCGGAGAAAAACAUCAUCCUGGAGGAGAAGAUCCAGGUGCUGCAGCAGCAGAAUGAAGACCUCAAAGCAAGGAUCGACCAGAACACGGCUGUCACCAGACAACUGUCAGAGGAGAACGCUAAUCUGCAGGAAUACGUGGAGAAGGAGACCCAGGAGAAGAAGAGACUGAGCCGAACCAACGAGGAGCUGCUUUGGAAGCUGCAAACCGGGGAUCCGACCAGCCCGAUUAAACUCUCCCCCACGUCUCCAGUUUACCGAGGUUGCGCCUCCUCGGGGCCCUCCUCUCCAGCCAGACUCAGCACGACGCCCAGAUGACGUCACCACGCAGCCUAGGGGAGCUCCGGCUUCCGGUCCACCGCAAGGGCGGACUGACCCGGGCCCGGCCCGGAGCCGGCCCAGCGCGCAUGCUCAGUAGCUGCAUCCUGCCUCGUAGGCCGCGUCCUCUGCCCCCCACCGUGUGAGACUGUCCUGGUGUUGUUGGCAUUUAGGAAGGUGUGUGAUGUGCAAGCGUUUUACCAUAGUUAGCGCCAAAAGAAAGACAACUCCAGUUCUCGAGGGAACUUCCACUGCAGAAUUUCAGGUCACAAAAAGCUCAAUUUUCAAUAUACACUCAGCAAUCGUUGUGUACUGCACCGAGAUGUGUGUGUAUUUAGAUACACGGAUAUACACAUGCGGCGGUUCUCAGUUGCAUUUUUUUAUAACGUCAAGUGCUGACAUAUUUUAGUCACGGUCAGCAGUUUUCUAACUCGUGCCUAAGAAUUAUUGGGAAAUGACAAUGCAUUUCUAUCUAGUUUCCCAGGAAUAUUUCUACCCAAAAUAGAAAAAGGAAAAAAAAAAAAACCAUACGGAGCAAAAGCGCCUUUGAACCUACCACCAAGUGGUACUCUAUCUAGCAUAAACACCAGCCAUCUGUGAACGGUAACCGCCUUCGUGAGAGUCAGCGUCUCAGGCCGUCCCAGGUGAGGGCUCCACUCGCAAGGUCUAGUUAGGAGCGGCUCUGCCCUGCGUGGAAAGCCCAGGGGAAUCCGCCGCUUUGCAGGUGUUCCGCACCACAGCGACUCAGCUACCGUCUCCUGAGCACAGGUCUUGAUUUCGUCCUGCGUGGCAUCUCAGAAUCGAGCUGUAAACUUUCGGGAUCCUUGAGAGAGAGAGAGAGAGGGUGAGGGUGACCCUGGAGGUGACCGAGACCCUUGGUGCACCAUUCCUUAGGAAGGGAAACUGGCAAGCGACGGGGCCUCUGUCUGGACCAGGCUUGCUGCGAGGCUGUUGCUAAAUGCGCUCAAUUCAUUGGAAGCCGAUCUCAGACUUGCAUUUCCUAGGUAGGCUCCCCACUUCAGUUUGGUUCAGCGACUCGGCUCCGUCACUGCACAUGAAGGUGGCUCAGGGGUUCCGGCUCCCCCCUCCCCCACACGGUGGUCCUGUCUCCGGCCGAGAAAGCUCUCCCAGACCGGGGCCGGGGCGCAGUGGCACAGCCGGUGAGGGCUCCCUGGCCACCGGCCUGGCGUCUGUCUGGGACACGAUAGCGUUAGGAUACAAAGAGGCACCCCCGUGGCAGAGUGGAAGACACAAGCGACAGAAGUAGUUUUGACCGUCAGUGGGGGUGAUGGCGCCUUUGUCUAAGACCCUGUACACCUCUCCCAAAGACCCCUAAAAAUCGCCCUGAGCGUAGGCUGGGCUGAGCACACCCAAGGCACGAAGUUCCAGGCAGGGGUCUUGCGAGGGCUCAGAACCGGGGAACGGCAGGCAGGAGGCCACGCAGGGGCGUGCCCAGAACGCGCAGGAGGCCACGCAGGGGCGUGCCCAGAACGCGCGUGUGGCUUGCGUUGGUGACAUGAGCCCGGGGGUCGGGCUUCCUGGCCUGGGGGCACAUCUCGUUUUCUCUCAACCCUGCAGGGGCCCUGCCCGUGCUGGGGACACCCACGGUAGAUAGGCAUUGAAGACACAUUUCUUUUUGCUUCUGUGGCUCUGCAUGCUGCUGUAAUGUUGGGGUUGGGCAUCCUGUUAGAGUAGAUCCUGCCAUGAUUAUUUAUUCUCUGGGCGGGCGCAGGCUGCCAACAGCAGCUAGGCUGCAGCUUCGCUGUCUUGCGUAACCGCCGCCUGCCAAACGCAGUCACCCAGCGAUACAGACUCCCCCGCGAUGUUAGCGUGUGGUGCUGUGUGUUAGGCUGUGCGCUCAAAGUUGUAGCGAUGGUAGCGCUAAGUAAUCCCUCACCCACCCGGUGGACCAGACCUUUGCCCUGGACAGCCGUGACCUUGGGGUUGAGCUGAUGUCCACAUGACCCUGGCUUUGUUUUUUGCUUCAUGGACGCCCAUCACGUCUAGCUCUUCAUCUGAGUCAUUUCUGUUUCCGAAACACAUGGGACAACAGCUAGUGCUGCUGCGCCCCCUCCUGGACAUUCCCCCCUGAACACACAAUUAGGACUGGGACUUCUCUCUGCCUCUGUCUCCAUUCCCAGCUCGGGGGCAGGGGCCUUCUCAGACAUAGACGCUGCAGCGGGAAAGCCCUGUCUGGUAGCAAUCGGGAGACGUGACCGUGGCCUGGGUGUCAGCCUGGGGCGGGAGUGGGAUGGAGGUCUGGCACUCUCUGGGAUUAGUCGAAUGGGGUCACCGCGUUCCUCCUCCCUUCAGUUUCUGUGUUAACGUAUCUGUGUUUAAAGCCUAUUAAAAUGAACAUGAGGGACUUUCUGUGAUAUGCACUUGGUGUCACUGGAGACCUGACCCUCAGGCCGGAGAGUCCAGGCAGGGAGGUGUUGGCAGGCUGGGUUCCUUCCUGUGUGUGUGUGUGAGCACGUGCAGGGGCACCUGAUUGUCACUGAGAGCAACCCUGGAGACCUCCUCUCCGACCGGUGAAUUCUUCAGCAGCGCAAACCGCGGCCUUGGGGGCUCAGUGGCUCCACUCGGCGGGGCAAGGUGGGCUGGUGUGGGUUGGAGGGACACAAGUGGCUGAACACAGUCCCCGCACUAUGAGGUUCAAGGUCAGACCUUGAUGGCUGUCCUGCACGAAGCUCAUGGAAAAUGGAAUUAAAAUAUUAAUUUAUUGGGGCAUAAAUUUUUUGAAAUCCAUGCA